UGGUUUUUAAAUGCCUUGGGAUUAGAUCUGGGGGUGAUACCACCUAGACCCCAACCCCAUUCUCAUCAUCAUCUACGAUUGAGAGGUCAUCGAACCCGAACCCAGACCCAGACCCAGACCCAGACCCAUGUUUGAGAGUUGGCAUAGCACCAAAUGAAAUGUUCGGUUGGCCUAUAAUCCAUUUUCUUAUCGCUGCGUCUCUCUCUCUCUCUCUCUCUCUCUCUGUAGCAGACAGUGCUACCCCCACGUUUACAUUUUUAAUUUCGCUUAAACUGCAUUUCUAAAUACAAACAAACAAACCUUUCAUGGCGACGCCAUUCAAUUCCAUUGCAUCUCGACUCCUCCUAACUUCUUACCAGAAAGAAAGAGAGAGUUAUCGCAUAAUUUGAUGGAUAUGAAGAGGUUUCGGAGGCAUUUCUCUGAAACAGGCGGAGACUUAAUCAGCAGCACAGAUCCAGCAACGAUGUCAAGAGAGAGGAAAGUAUUAGGAGGAGGAGGGGUGAAAAUUGUGAGAGUGAUAGGGAUAUGCAUCUUGGGUUGCCUCAUAAUUUUACCUCUCCUUUUUACCAUCUCUCUUCUUUUCCAGGAUCAUCCACCUCCUACAAAACAGUGGGUUUCAGACGUGAAUGAGGAGGAACGCAUCACUUCUCUCCGGAAAGAUGAUGAUGAGGAGGAGGGUUUUUGGAAAAACAAUUUUGGAGGAAAGCAAGGGAAAGCAGGAGGGAAGAGGAGAUUCCAUGGACACACCCAAGAAGAAGAAAAAACAGUUCCUGAAGAUGGGUUGUCUAUGGAAGCACAAAAAUCCGAGGACAGACUGCUAGGUGGGCUGCUUGCUGCUAACUUUGAUGAAGGAACUUGCCUUAGCAGGUACCAAUCUUCAUCCUAUCGGAAACUGUCACCUCACAAACCUUCAUCCUACCUCAUUGGCAAAAUCAGGAAAUAUGAAGCCCUCUAUAAACAAUGUGGUCCAGAUACUGAAUCAUACAAUGAAGCUAUUACCCAACUCAAGCGGGGGCAACAAAUUCGAAGCUCCAGUUGCAAAUACUUGGUAUGGAUUUCAUAUAGUGGUUUAGGAAACAGGAUAGUGACUCUGGCCGCCACAUUUUUGUACGCUCUCCUCACUGACAGGGUCUUGCUUAUAGACAGAGGAACUGACAUGGGUGACCUCUUCUGUGAGCCAUUCCCCGAGAAGUCAUGGCUGCUGCCACUUGAUUUUCCUCUGAACCAGUUUGACAACUUCCAUGUAAAAUCACCUGAGAGAUAUGGUCUUAUGUUGAGAGACGAGAUCAUCAAUGAAAAUGGCACUUCAAGUGGGUCCUUUCCUGCUUUUGUGUAUCUCCAUCUAGCCCAUGACUAUGACAAAGGUGACAAGUUGUUCUUUUGUGAUCGCGAGCAACUCAUCCUCGACGGAAUACCAUGGCUUCUCUUAAGGUCCGAUAACUAUUUCGUGCCGUCCCUGUUCCUUGUCCCGAAAUUCAGUGAAGAGUUGGAGAAAUUGUUCCCUGAGAAAGUCACAGUUUUCCACCACCUCGGUCGUUACCUUUUCCAUCCUUCAAAUACAGUGUGGGGCUUGAUCACUAGGUUCUAUCGAGCUUAUCUAGCCAACGCAGAGGAAAGAGUAGGCAUCCAGAUUAGAACGUUUGACACUGGGGUUGGCCCUUUCCAGCAUGUUUUGGAUCAGAUUCUUGCGUGUGCCUUGAAUGAGAAAUUGCUUCCUGCGGUUUCUCGCGACAAACCUAUCAUCCCUCCACAACAAACGGGUAAAACAGAUAGGAAACCGAAGGUUGUUUUGAUGACCUCUCUCAGUGGAGGUUACUAUGAAAGGAUCAGAAAUAUGUACUGGGAAUACCCAACAGUGACUGGUGAGGUUAUAAGUAUUUAUCAGCCCAGCCAUGAGGAACAUCAGCAAACAGAGAAGCAGUUCCAUAACAUGAAGGCAUGGGCAGAGAUGUAUCUCCUGAGCUUGAGUGACACAUUGAUAACGAGCCCGUGGUCAACCUUUGGUUAUGUGGCUCAGGGCCUUGGGGGCUUACGGCCAUGGAUUAUGGUCAAACCUGUGAACCAUACUACACCCAACCCAGCUUGCGGUCGGGCUAUCUCAAUGGAGCCCUGUUUCCAUGCCCCUCCUUUUUAUGAUUGCAAAGCUAAAAGAGGUAUCGAUACUGGGAAACUUGUUCCUCAUGUAAGACACUGUGAAGAUAUGAGCUGGGGCCUCAAGCUUGUCGGCGAGAACUAGUAGCAGGCAGUAAAUGCCCUGCAUUUGGGGUAUUUUGGUGGUUGUACUUUUACCCAGGCUCAGUAUUCUUGCUUUACAGAAGGUUUCAUAUUGUCAUGUAUUCAACCAGUGCAGGAAAAGCAUGGGUAUUAGAAAUUUUGGCCUCCAAGAUUGGGUUCUCUUGUGGAUCCCAUUUCAUUUUGCAGAUGUUCACAAAGCGUGUAUCUUUGGCCCUUUAUCUGGUGAGUUCGGAAGCACAAGGCAUCAUUGUAGGAAGUCGAAUCCUUCAUUUGUAAUGUUGGCUGAUGUUGAUUGACUUGGUUUGAAGCUUUCGUUUAAUUAUUAUGCCUGGUGAGCAAUGCUAUCUCAACUGGACUGGGCCACCACUUGAAAUCAAAGGCAACUUUUAAGCAGUCCUCAGUGAUAUCCUGGACCUAGCAACCAACCUGCCUGCAUUUUUUCUUUUUAUGUAAUCACGCUGCGAUUCUUAAGUGGAUCCCCAAAUAUCAAAGAGAGAAAUCUAUGUGACUGCAUCUUUUCUUUUGUCCAA